GGGCGGGAGACCUGCCGGCGGAGUUUCCAGGCUGUUUACACACAGAGUCCUUAUUACACAUGGCAGCCCAAGGAUCCGCGGUUCCAUGAGAGAACCGGUGCGGACUCCGUCUCACACUGCACACUUAAACGUGUGUGACACUGUGGAACUCCCAGUAACCAAAUGCCAACACAGUUAAGGCUGUAGUGAGGGUUAGGGUCUCGAUUUGGAGUUUAUUCAGAGGAUGGGAAACCCGAAAUACUGGUCAGUGUCGCCAUACCAACGCUCCAAACCGUCUUCGAUUCAUUUACACUUAAACAUUUACAUCUGAACAAAGGUCUUAAGGUAGUUGUUCAUCUACUCAUCCAUCUCCUAUGCAGUUUGUUCCAUUGUGAGUCACAGUUAAGGCAUUUAUGAGUCAAAGGUUUAAAUACUAAGCGUGAAAUAAACGCAGGAACUUAAACUGGAAAAGAAUCAAGUGGAGGACACUUCCAGACACCAACACACGUCUCAUCCUGUUAAUAAGUGACACCGUCCUUCUCCUGUUACCCGUCAUUUUAGUUUUCACAGCUACACGAUAAUCUGGCCUCUGAGUCGGACAGUGUACCUUUAAGACGGAACACAUGCGUGUUUUAUAUGGGAAAGAUCAGUCCAUGGCGACCGCCAUCAUGUCAGCAUGACAACACCGCUUGUUUUAAAAUAUCACGUAGCUGCUGGAAGGGGCCCUUUAGCUGAGGAGGAUCGGCGAGAACGCACAAUGUGUUUGGCGUCUUAUUGGACGCAAGAUGGAAAGGUGGGCGUGUCUCGGAAAAUCAAUAGACCCUGUCCACGGGCUUGAGAACAUCUCUGCGUCUCACAGAAGAGGGAUUAUGUAAGCAAAUUCCAUCCUACCCUCAGUCCAUCAACAAACAAUAUAUCACCAUUAGGGUUAUAGCAUUUGCAGGAAUGACAUCUCGACAGGCAUGAAUACCAGUUUAAUUAUAACCGAACGUAGCAAAAAUGACACAAAACUGUUAGCAUUGUCUGUCAAUUAUCUUUUCUGAGUUCCAUUUUUCGUAGGUUUUCUUUACUCUUAAAAAUGAAAAACAACAACAUUACUGCAUGAACUAUAAGCCAAGGUUGUACUAUGCCAACACACCAGAAACCAUCUGAUCUUUCAGCAUCAUUUGGGGGAAAAAUGUCAUCCUUAUGUACUGUGUGUAUGAUAUAGUAAAGGGCUUUUCAACCCCUCUAAAUCAGAGACCUCCAAUAAGAGCUAGGCAUCCUAUACCACUAAAGAAUGAUGUAAUUAACUCCGAGCUGGGGGAGGUUAAUAGCUACUUAUUCAGUGCGGUGGGAGUCCUCGAAUGGCAAGCCAUUGGAGGGCAGAAGCAACUCGAACACACACUAAAUUACACAAUAAUGUUCUGAGGGCAGAAGGAGAAGUCAUUGAUUCAGAAAGACAACCAAUCAGGUGAAAGAGGUGGGUUAAAACAACUAUUGGAGUAGGGACCAAGACAUCAGAUUGAUUGGUCCUGCCUCCUAUACAAUCUGAUUGGUUCUGAGAGAUAACCAAUCAUUUCUCCAUCUGCCCUCAGAACAUUUUUUGCUGUAAAACUGUAGUACUGUAAAACUCCCAUGAGUCUAAAUAUACGUUAUCGUCUACUAGAGGAAACGCACAGUGAAACCAUGCAAACUCCACAAGCAGGACAGGGUGAGGAAUCAAACUAACAACUCCGGACGUGUGAGGCAACCAGUUAAAUAUUUACAGCGUUCUUAACAUAAAAUAUACCGAACAAGGGCUUAUUUCCUGAGCUUCUCCGCCACGCCUGACAUUAAAUGGAAACACCCAUUUUUCUUAAUCCCUGAUGCUCCACAGCAAACUCGCAGAAGCGGGAGAUAUAAUACUAUCAGCCGAGUAUAUAACCUAUACACAGACGCAGUGCCGUCUUCGGCUUAUUCCUUUUCCAGAGAUUUCACCGGGCUUUUGGGCAGCGUUUCGAGCGUAAAAGCCGUUUGCCGCACAGGUGUUGGUCCUGAAUUAUUCAUAAUGCCGCAAGUCGUAAGUGCGGUCAAAGCAGGCACAAAUUAAGGGGUGCAAAGCGGCACCGUCUGCUGCCUCAAUGCCAGUAUAUAAAUGGAUAUUUAUUUUGUUGUCAUUUGCUAAUAUGAAGUCGAAGUGAGGGGAACUGGAAUUGCAGGGUUUUAACAUUGUCAUUAAAGUGUUUUACAGGUAGAGGCGCGUGCAGCCUGACAAACGGCCAAAGCGAAAUGGAGCGGAGACGGCGGGGUUUAGCUCGUCCUGUUUGAUCGUUAGCCACCUGUUGGUUCUUGUAAUUAUUCGCCUCCCUGCCUAGCUGUACAAGCUCACUGCAGGAAACAUAUUCUUCUUUAUUUAUAUUGAUUUUAAAUAUAUUUAUUUAUUGCGUCAUUUAGCCGUAGUCGAACUUGAGCUUGUGUUAACAGUAUCAAAACGUAAAGAUGACUGCUAAAUUGCUUUUUUCUGCAUCCAGUAGGGAAUUGCCCUUGAAUGGAAUUGAACAUCCAGCAGAGAAUUGAGCCGCAUUAUCUGCGCAGGCGCGGUGCCGUGCUGUACGCGGAGAGCAGUCUCGUGCCGGCCCUGGUCCUUAUUUGCCCCGUCUUUAUUAGCGUUCAUGAGAUAUCAUCUGUGUCUAAUUCUGCACAGGAACUUCAAGUUGACUGGCGGUUAUUGGGAUGCUUAUUGGGUUAUUAUUUUUUUUUUUUAGUCUUAAGGUUAUCCAUGGAAAUAUGAGAAAUUACCAUUCUGCUUUCAGUAGAGUGUGUUUGAGGAGGUUUUGGUUUGAGAAGCAAGAAAAUCGCUACUAUUUUAUCAUUUAUUAUUUUACAUCAGACACCAAGUCCUGUGUUAUCACAACCACAUUCACUGUUAUUUACAGAAGCCAGUACACAGUAUAUAACAGAUUGGUGCAAGUAGCGCGUUUAUUGUUAUAUUGAGUAAGACAAAAAAUAGAAAAAUAACUUUUCCUUGUCCGGAUGUGAAAAGAAAACCAAAUGUAUUUUAGGAAAAAAAAAUAGUUUGGUUACAUUACUUGUGGUGUAUUUUGGAUGGACAGUUUUAAGGUGUGAAGCCAGGCUUAAUAAAAAGCUUAGAAUGAAAUGGAAAUGCAAAUCUCUGCAUCUGGGCUCCACGGUCUGGGCUGUGCUGGAAUAUUUGCAUUUCAAAGGCAUCGAUAGCAGAUCUGGCAUAUUUUGUGCCUAAAAUGCAAAUUCAUCCAUUUCUGCAACAGGGCCUUAGGAACAGCAUGUAUGUUCUCUUAAUUUUAUCUGUGCUGGCAGUGGCCUUAUUAAUGUACAUUGUAGACUGUGUGUGGGUGUAUGUUUGGGUUUGGUCAAGGUCUCCCGAGUCACAACUUAACAAGACUCCAAAGUGGACGGAGGCCCUGGGCCUCUUUGGGGAGGGUUGUUUACUCAUCGAGACGCAGAACAUGGGUUCUGGGGACAUCAUGGGGGUCCACACUCACAUGGCCAUAGUGUCAGCCAGUAGGAUCGGUCAGUCACUGUGACCCAGGUGAAGAUGCAGAAGUCGACGCAAGGGCUGCAUCCAAUCGCCCCCCAGGGAAAUAAGUCAAGCCCCCCCAGAGAGAAAGAAGCCACCAGCACCGUACAGCGCACUGAAGAGAGCGGCUCAUUGAUCUGGCGACGUUAGUCUGGGUGGGGGCUGCUCUGCCCGCCUCCCAGCGCCCCCUCCGCCUCCCCCCCCCAGCUUGUAACACUCGCAGGUCUCCUUCUCUCUCUCACUCAACAGUGGAUCAAACGCAGUCAAUUGAAUUUAGGCACUGCAGCGUGCUGAAGAGCCGAUUCCGGCUAAUUCCGGCACUCUACACACACCGGAGCCGUGCCUCGACCUCGGAGCGGCCAGGGAGUGGAUCUGGACGGAUGGAUGGACGCUCCCCAGAGAUAAAACAUCACAAAGCCUCAAGGGAAAGGAAAAUCUCACUGGAGUCACUGGCAUCUCGAUCACACGCAGCCUCAGAGGACGCCACUGCCGUCGAGGCGAGAAUCUCACCCAGGUCCUGCAGGACUCCGAAGCCGCCGAUUCAUAUUUAUGAGUGAAUAACAAUAUUGGUCCAGGAGACGCUUUUUAUAAAUUUUUCAAGAAGCCUCGUGUGACAGUAUUUUUGCGAAGAGAGAAUUUACACCAGGGAGCGUUUACAUGCCAGCUGUACACUGGGCUGGUAAAACGUCCGCAGUGGAGGUAUGUAGAAAGAGUGAAAAGCCAGCGAGACAGGCGUUUGGAUGACGCACCUCGUUUUUGUGUACUAUCGGGACCUGGCUCCGUGUUUCCUGCUCGGGUGUAAACGAGGCUAACUUCUGAGCUACACCAGUGAGGCAUCUCAAAACAGACACAGUCCUGCCUUAUAUUAAUCUUUAAUUAGUACAGAUGCUUUUCAUGGAAUUGCUUAAUAAGUUCGCUUCAUGUUCCGGCUGCUCGUUUCUCGAGGUAGGAUUUCUUUAGUGCUCUAAUAAUGGGUUGCGUUGCUGCCAUUGCAGCCCUGUUGGGCGAGGUAACAGCAGCCGGUCCUGCACAUAAUCAGGGGGGAUGAGGCAGGGACUGCCUGGAGCAUUGAAGAGCAACAUGUCAGGCCUCAAUGGUACAGAGGAGCUCCCCACAGGACAGCCUGUCAACUCUUCUUUGGACUACAAGGAUUAUGAGCUGGAACAGGACAUCAGCGCCAUCGUCAUCCCCUCGAUCUACGCGCUGGUGUGCUGCGUGGGCCUGACGGGCAACACCAUGGUGAUCUACGUCAUCCUGAAGUACGCCAAGAUGAAGACGGCCACCAACAUCUACAUCCUGAACCUGGCCAUCGCCGACGAGCUCUUCAUGUUCAGCGUUCCCUUCCUGGCCACGUCGGCGGCGCUCCAGCACUGGCCCUUCGGCUCGCUCAUGUGCCGCCUGGUGCUCAGUGUGGACGGCAUCAACAUGUUCACCAGCAUCUUCUGCCUGACCGUGCUCAGCAUUGAUCGCUACAUUGCUGUGGUGCACCCCAUUAAGGCGGCCCGCUACCGCCGGCCCACGGUGGCCAAGAUCAUCAACGUCUGCGUGUGGGGGCUCUCGCUGGUGGUCAUCCUACCCAUCAUCAUCUUCGCCGACACCGUGCCGGCGCAGGACGGCGGGGUUGACUGCAACUUCCUGUGGCCAGAGUCGUCCUGGUCGGAGGCGUUCGUGGUCUACACGUUCCUCUUGGGGUUCCUUCUGCCCGUGGUGGCCAUCUGCCUGUGCUACUGCCUGAUCGUGGUACGCAUGAGAGCGGUGAGCCUGAAAGCCGGCUGGCUGCAGCGGCGCAAAUCAGAGAAGAAAAUCACGCGCAUGGUGUUGCUGGUGGUGGCCGUGUUCGUGGUCUGUUGGAUGCCCUUCUACAUUGUCCAGCUGGUCAGCAUCUUCCACCGGCCACCCAACCCUGUGGUCACGCAGCUUUUCGUCAUCCUCAGUUAUGCCAACAGCGGCGCCAACCCCAUCCUGUACGGCUUUGUCUCGGACAACUUCCGCCGGUCCUUCCAGCGGAUCGUCUGUUUCCGCUGGCUGGAGAAUGGGCUGGACGUGGAGCAGGUGGAUUACUGCGCUGUUGCCCUGAACCGCCAGGCCACCUGCGGCCCGCCGGACUUUCCCAGGGACUGCCUGGCCUCCGAAAUGGUUUAUCGUAAUGGUACCUGCACAUCACGCACCACUGCUUUCUAAAUUGUCGGAAUGCCCGGACGAAGCUUCAGCGAGAUGCCAGUACCGUCCAAAGCAGUUGUUGCCUAAUAACACCUUUUAUAUAAAGUGGGCAACACGACACGUGGGCAAUAACCCUCAGUAACUCAGAGGCCAGUGUGCUGAAGCUAACGAAGACGUCCUUCUAGCACUUUCCGGGUGUGUCUAGAUUACCUUGACUGGGACAAGCAGUCGAGAAAACUGGCUGCUGAUGCGUUUUUUUCAAAAUGAGAAGGAGCAUUUUCUUUUACUGGCGGGAUUGUACAGUAUGCACUGGCAUUGUGCUGGGGGAAAUGGUUUGCUAACUGUGGUUCCUGUUCUCGCGUAACCUGUAUUUACUGUGAUAUCACUGCCUGUUACCUCAUCGACCAUAAAAAACCCAAAAGCUGUUAAAAAUACAGUAAAAAGCUUUUGUCAUUCUAAGAAAUCGAUCCCUCGUCGUGCCCCGAACAAGCUUGUUGGGUCAGUUCAGUGCUGGGUCGCUAUGGGUCGAUACAUUAAACAUACAGAAGAUUUAUUACAUGGAUGGCGUAAUAGUGCGGUGAGUGUUUGUCAGCCAGAGAUAUUAAUAUAAAGGAUGAGUAAUUGUUCAUGUUUGUGUUUCCUUGCGUCACUUUUGUGUCAGUGUUGAUUAGUCACGCAGAAGUCCUCACAUAGUGUUCAUCUUAUUCACACGCAUGGAGGUUGUCGAAUUAGGUAAUUUGCUUAGAAUUUAUUCAUGCGGUCAUUGGUCCUUCCAGAAGCGGUGACCCGGGGCAGGGACACAGAUUUACACACGCAAAUAAUCAUACACUGCAGACAAUAUAGACACAUCAGAGCACUUGCAGUGCAUGCAUUCGGAUAAUGAAAAGGAGCAGAUGCUCUCCAAGCUUGGCGAAAAGAGCACAGGGACUCUCUGGGGCUCACAGGGACUCUCAUGGACACACAGGGACUCUCAGGGACACACAGGCUCACAGGAACUCUCAUGGACACACAGGAACUCUCAGGGACACACAGGGGCUCACAGGAACUCUCAGGGGUUCACAGGGACUCUCAUGGACACAUAGGGGCUCACAGAAACUCUCAGGGACACACUGGGGCUUACAGGAACUCUCAAGGACACUCAGGGACACAUAGGGGCUCACAGGAACUCUCAGGGACACACAGGGGCUUACAGGAACCCUCAAGGACACACAGGGACUCUCAGGGACACACAUGGACUCUCAGGGACACAU